AUGGUCUAUCCUCGCCGCCCCUUAGCAGGGACAAAGCUCCAACACCAUGCCGACGACAUCCUCGCCGAGUCCGGGUCUCCGAAACGGAGAAAGCGUCGUAAGCUGGCAGUCAACCAUCCGAAACCAAGCAAUACUGCAGAGACCUUGCUCAUCACCCGGCCCGGGACAGAGUCGCGCUGUCAGGCUGGCACAAAUGACCUCGGGUCUUCGCCAGGUACCGUCAUUGCAGCGCCGGUGACGCCUAUCACAACACACCACAAGGGCAGCCCUGAGACACCAGAGAUCUUCACUUUCAAGAACAAGAAGGCAUACCAGCGCGCGAGAACACUAUUCUCGAUGGGCUACUCCUCGUCAUCUUCCGCCGACAGUCGCGAAGACCAAGACAUUCCCUCGACCUUAAGAUGGAAUGAGCUUAUGUCUUUGCUGGCUUCCGAACCUAUCUCAUGCUCAAUUCUCCCAAUGAAGGGGACUGCACAGAAAAUCGUCCGGCCCGCGAGGAAUGGCGUUAUAUAUGGCAGUGUCACUCUGCACAAACCACACGGCGGCAAUCCAAAAGUCGAGCGAGAGAUGUUAGAGAACAUGGCCGGUCAGCUGAUGCAAGGCUUUCGCUGGCGCAAGGAUCAUUUCGUCAUGACUCCAACCCCGACCAAAGUCCAGGAGGAACCGAAUCCAGGCCGAGAAUGA